GGCAAGUAAAGCAAGGCAUGGCCACUGAACAAUUUUAGAAUGAAAAAAUUCAAUCACUUAUGAAUUUGCGUGUCUGCAGUAUUUCCAAAUCGACGAAAAGCUGUCAAUGUCUUAUCCAACUUCUGUAAUGAAACGACGUCUCAUCAUAUAGAUCGUAUUCGCAGUUUCCUAUGGCCACCAUCAUCUAGAUAUAAAAAACAAAAAGAAGGGGAUAAGAGUCGGAGAUUGACAUGCGCGUAUAUAUACGUACAGAUCAUGUAUGUAUAAAAAUACAAUAACAAAUGGCGGAGGAGAAGCUUGAGUGGGAAGUAACGUCGCCGGAAUCUCGAAUCGCCGGCGAGUCGCUCAUAUACACUGCCGGCGUCGUACUCUUCAUACUCAUUUGUCGAUUCAUAACGGCGCUUCGUAAAUUAUAUUUCUCUAAUCCCCGAAUUGCCCCUGGUCAUCCAAUUCGCCGCUCCAGCUCCAACAAUACUGCCAGUCCCUCGUCACAACAGCUAGGGAAUUCUUCUAUUAUUUCCGAUUCAGAUCUCAGAACUUUGAUCAAUAACUUGGACGGGAGACUCACUGAUGGGACUGAAAAAUGGGAAAAUGUGAUUGAGAAAAGUAACAGUCGUCUUUCCUAUAGUGCAAAAUGUUGCAAGCCCAAGGAUAGUCCCCUAAAAUAUAUGAGUGUUACUGUGUUUGAGGACUGCUCUGCUCAGUUGCUGAAAGACUUUUAUAUGGAUAAUAGUUACAGGGAGCAGUGGGACAACACUUUGAUUGAGCAAAAUCUUUUGCAGGCGGGUGAUAGAGAUGGAGUUGAAAUUGGUCGCUUAGUAAAGAAGUUCCCACUCCUGACAGCAAGGGAAUAUGUACUUGCUUGGAAAUUGUGGGAAAAAGAAGAAGACACCUACUAUUGCAUCAGUAAGGACUGUGAGCAUUCUUUAGCUCCAAGACAAAAGAAGUAUGUUCGUGUUAAAUAUCUAAGAUCUGGUUGGAUGAUAAGAAAAGUACCCGGUAGAAAUGCGUGUGAGAUUAGAAUGAUACAUCAAGAAGAUGCUGGUUUGAAUCCUGAUAUGGCAAAGCUUGCUUUUGCGAAAGGCAUUUGGCGGUAUAUAACUAAAAUGGAUGAUGCACUACGCAAAUAUUCUGUGAUCAACAAUAUUCAAAUUAGUUCAGCUGUAAAUGCAAAUGAUUUUGUUCAGAAGGUCCCAACUGCGGUAGGAACCUUAGAUAGCUCGAAUGCUCGAGCUAAGAGAGAAUUUUCUGCAGAAAGUUCUGACAAUCGGCAAGUCACCGAAGAACUAAACAGCAGGAGAUCUUCAAGAAGACCUUCCUGUAAAUUAGUAACUAACAGUUUGAUUCUUCUUGGUGGUGUCAUCUGCUUGUCUCGGGGGCGCCCAAACUUAGGUGCCAAGGUUGCAAUGUCAUAUAUUUUAACCAAGCUAGCAAAACGGGGUUCGUUAUCUCAAAAGGGAUGCUUCAGUACCAGAGUCUCUUAAUAAUAAAUGUAAGGCUGGGUGCUAUAAAUACACUUGGAAAUUUGUCCAUACUUGAUAAAAAGGUUCGGAAGAUUGUCUAUACAUGUCAAUGAAAAAUGUCGGGAAAUGUUAUAUCCAGAGCAAAUUUUUAUAUCUAGAGCUAAAAAAGCUUGAAAAGACGAAAUUACCUCACAUUGUUUUUUUCCAUUUGUUGUUAUUGUAUAUGUACGGGGUCAGUUUUUUCUUUUCA